AUGAAUCAAAAGCGUCGUUGCACCAUUUUUUGUAAGCCUCUGGCGAAUUGGGCCCAUGAUUUAUUACAGGCAUCAAUGGAUUCAUAUGUUUCAUCACAUGAUGAGCCGUUCAGACAACAUCAACAACAUCAAGAAAAGCAUGUGGAAUAUGUACUCAGUUGGCCACAAGUGCAACAACUACGCCUCAACGUGUGCUCAAAGUCUCUUCCGACUUUAAUGGUUCCGGAAGAAUUACUGACUGGAUUUCUGAAUGUUGAUUACGCACGAGCCGCAUUAAUUCAUGGACCUUUUGAGCGGAAGGUGCGGAUGAGCAGCGGUGACUCGCUUGUAACUGUGGACUUCACUGCUUCCGCCCUCUCAAUGCGUGGCGUGGCUUUAACGGAUGAUGUGACGGUAAUGAAAGAGGCAGUCGGACUGGCGGAAGAACGUCAUUACACAUCUCCAUUUUGGCUCAGCACGGGUGAGUUGCGGUAUUUUAUGAAGGGAAUGAACACACUUUCUCUUUAUCUUCAUUGCGACUUCUCUGCUGCCUUUUCUGCUGGUGCUGGUUCUGGGGGCGCCAUACCGUCGGUGCUGGUUCAUAAUGAUCGAGGUGAGCGAUGUCGUGUCAUGAACUUGUCUGAAUUCGUCACAACGUCUGCCAAGUACAAACCCAAAGUUAAACGAAACGGAAUUACAAGCACUAAUGACAUCAACCACUUCUCUGCUUUCAUAUUCUUUCGGGAAUUUACCCCCGUCAGUGUCCUCACACGAAGUGCCACUUUUCCAAAGGAUAUUGAGGACUGCAUUCGGCGUUACUGCAUCUUGUCUGGUUGUUGGUGUACGAUAUGGGGAACACCUGAAGAGUUCAGAGAGGCGGGACAUGAUGUGCAUGAGGGCUCGUUAGGUUUGUGGGUAUUUGAUGAAUUAGGGCUGCCACUAUUUCUCGUAAAUGCGCUGUCAUGCCUGGAUGUGGCGGCUGCUUUUUCAUAUGUUUAUCCCAAUGACAUUAUUAGGGUUGUUAACUAA